GGGUGAAGUGACGCAGGAGCUGACACACCUGGGCACACCUGGGCAAUAAAAGGAGAGCAGGGAGGCAGCUCCGACAUAGACAGAGAGCGAGAUGGCGGGGGCAACGCCAAGUUUCUCCUUUAGGGUGAACUGGAAGAUGAUCGCGGCGCUGCCCUUCCUGUUGUGUGUGUUUAAUUAUGGAUCUGCUCAGAGCACUCCUCCCAGAGGCUGCGGUCCCAACCUUCUAAACGCUUACUUCAAACUCUGUGACUUGGAUGCAGUCUGGGGGAUUGUCUUGGAAGCAUUCGCUGCUUUGGGGGUCGUCACCAGCCUGGUGCUGGUCGUGGUGCUCCUGGGCUUCACCCCGUUCAUCGUCGACAGCAGGAAGAAGGCUUCCGUUCCCAUCCACUGCAUCUUCCUGCUCGGCACCAUGGGCAUCUUCGGCCUAACCUUCGCCGUCAUCAUCAAUUUCGAUCAGAGGACGUGCCCCACCAGGAUCUUCCUCUGGGGUGUCCUCUUCGCCGUCUGCUUCUCCUGCUUGCUGGCCCAGGUCUGGAGAGUGCUGAAGCUGGUGCGGUCAGGAGACGGUCCGUCUGGGUGCUGCAUGGUUGCCGUGGUUCUGUGCCUGACACUGGUCCAAGUCAUCAUUGACAUAGAGUUUCUGGUGCUGCUAAUCUACCGAAUGAAUCAAAGCUGUACCUACACCAGCACUGACUUCUCCAUGUUGCUCAUCUACGUCAUGUUCCUGAUGGCGCUGACUUUCUUCCUGUCCAUGUUCACCUUCUGCGGCCGCUACCACAAGUGGAAGAAAUAUGGUGUGCACGUCUUUGUGACCAUGCUGCUCUCCAUUGCGAUCUGGGUGGUGUGGAUAGUCAUGCUGGUGCGCGGGAACGCGGCGCUGGACAGGAGCCCCCUGUGGGACGACCCGACGCUCAGCAUAGCGCUGGUCGCCAACGGCUGGGUCUUCCUCCUGUUCUACAGCAUCCCCCAGCUCCGGCACAUCACCUGCCCAGCCAAGCCCGAAGACGGCCCUCAGGAGACCGUGCCUCCGAAUCUGCACAGUGGAGUGAUGGGUGGUGUAGACAACCAGGCGUUCACAUACGAGGAGCCAAACAGAGGAUUUGCCAUGACUCAUCCCAGCAUUGCCUCCUCGCCUCACUACAGCAACUCCAUCGCAAUGGAGAACAAUAUGUACAGCGCGCCGCAAGAGUUUACAAUCCCUCGGCCACAGACGAAGAACAACUACUACCCGACGCCUUUCCUACAAGAUCCCUAUCUCAGCUAUCAGACCAGACAGACAGUGUUCUAGAGCUCCUGGGGCCCGGGCGACUCCUCGUCCCUGCUACAAACCGUUCCCCCACACUGUCAGACGAUUAAGAUGUAAGCCUUUCUCGCACACGACUGUUUACAUACCGACUCAUUCUCUCGCCAGUCACCCAGCGGUGCGGGAAGUUCAACUGGUUAUCGCAGCCUGCUUAUCUGACAGGCAGAGUUACAGAGGUUGGCCAAGGGGGAAGGUAUAGCUAGCGAGCGGUUUGAUCUGCAGUACGAAUUAGAUAGACGAGCCCUUGAGAUUGGUGCUUCACAUCUCACUGCCCCUAAAGUGUAUUAUCGGUGACACGCCAGCAGCAAUGUCAACGGCUGGACUUGUGAAUGCUUGCAGGGUCCCGCCACUUGCAUUUGCCUCCCUUCUUUCCCCAGCGCUGCAGAGGGUAACUACCACAGUCUCAGCCCGUCAGGCAGCUGUUCCGCCUGCCCUGGCUCCCCGGCACCCCCCUUCGCGCCCGCUUCCAUCUCGAGCGGCCGGACCUCCAGAGCACCCUCCCGCCUCUCCGAUCGCCUGACCGGAGGCAACCAGUGUUCAGGACGAUGCCCCUGUCGGCCACCAGGCAUUGGAAGGCCACUGUCUCCCUGAGACUGGGGCAGCUUCUUUCUCCUGUAGCUCCAUACUGUAGCCAGUAAAAUGGGCCGGCCGCUGGUUCACAAUGUGUUUGAAUCUGUAGCUCCAUACUGUAGCCAGUAAAAUGGGCCGGCCGCUGGUUCGCAAUGUGUUUGAAUCUGGUAAUAGUUUUCUGAGGACAUUGUAUAGUAAACCACCCAGGUCUAGAGGGGGAGAAUCAGCAGAGAAUUCCAGCUAAGCCUUUUUCAUCCUGCCUUCAGGGCCUAUGACAUUAGGGUACACUCCCUCCAGUCCAGAUACAGGGUCUCAACUUGAAAUGUCAACUGUCCAUUUCCCUCCACAGAUGCUACCUGACCCGCCGAGUCUCUCCCGCGGUUUGUUUUAUUUCUUGCUUCAGGUUCCAGCAUCUGCAGUCCCUUGUAAAAUAGCUGCUGGUGCCAGCCGUAAGCCCAGCUCUGAUUGCCACCGCUGUCUGUCAAGGAAUCUCUACAUUCUCCCCAUGUGGGGUCCCUCUGAGUACCCGGGCUCUCCCCCCAUCCCACCCCACCCCACA